GUGCCAUCAUCAUGCUGUUUAUUCGAAGUAUCUAGAAAUACUGCACCCAAGGUUACCUAUAAUACAAUGACCAAGUGCUGGGAUGCUACGUAAAGAGAAACACAAGGAUCCAGAUCGUCAGUCAACACGAAAUGACUUCCUUGUCUGACCACGGGUUGUAGAAUAGAUCCAAUAAUCCGGGCCUCGGGGAAGGCUGUGUAAACACUUUGUACGCCACCGUUAUAGAAGCUGAGAGGUACAAGCAUCCACUAACAAAAAUUCAACGGCUACAGCUCAGACCUCCACCCAAAAAAAGGAAAAGGAGUUGUUGUUUUGACUUUAAAGUCGAUCUGGUGUGGCCACGGUACGUACCUCUCCUAGUGAAGCAUGUGCCAAAGACCAACCCCUUGCUCCUCCUGCUGGGCCAACCCAACAUAACGCCAACGCUUUCCCCUGUUCUGUUCUGAUCCCUCUUUUUUGCUCUGUUGAUUUCUUGUCCACCUCUCGCUUUUUACUCUCGUUAUCUUUGAGAUCGAUCAAUUCCAGCGUUUUUGAGACUAGCAGCAGAUCGUCGUAGCCAUCGUUUCAUCGACCCUUGUUGUUUCUCGCAUUUUGCUACUUCUCCUCUACCUUCGCUAUACGCUUCACCCUUCGUUCGCUCGUCGAUUUGGACACGCUUGGCAUCUUCCAGUAUCGACAUCUAGUUACAAACGAUCUACCCAUCUCUUGGAAUAUAAUCAAUCAAUAUCGACAACAUCAUCAUCGGCACUCAAGACUCACUCAUCAAUUAAUCACUAACCACAGCCGCUGUGGUCCGCCUGACUUCAUCUCGACCCCCUUUCGUUCUCAAACCCACCAACGAUCUCAUCAUGCGUCCCACCUCGAACCUCCUUCAGCUGGCUGUCUGCCUCUCCUCUCUUGCCCCUCUAGCGGCAGCAUGGCCUAACUGGUUUCCUCCUGCCGAUUCUGUUGUUGUCCGACGCGUUGCACAUGAAGCCAUGCCACAGGAGACCGGCGUUAUCAAGGCUCGUCAGGACAAAACCGGUGAUGGAGAGGCUUCAAGUACCCGAAAGAACAGCGCCAAGCAGACCAACUUGAACACCGCCAAAGUCGAGACAGGAACUGAGACCGGAACUGCAGAGAACACCAAGACCGCUACCGAGACAGGCAAGAAGAAGUCUGGCACCAAAACUGGAACAUCUGCACCCAAGCGCACAACCUUCUCUGCUGAUGUUCAGCCUGGUGGUGUGAGCAUGACACUUCCCGAUACCAUGUAUGUCCCUACACCUCUCUUCAAGAUUGGUGAUUACGCCACCUUUGGCUGGAACUACACCUCGCUUGAGGGCACACCAACCGCCAUCGAUGUCCUCGUCAGCCAGUCUUCCGCCGGCGAGACAUACACUCUCACUGCCAACAUGACUUUUGCGACCAACCCCACCUUUGUCUGGGACACCAGCAAGCAGGCCAACGACCCCGAUGCUCCUCUCGUGGUCGGCAUGUACACUCUGGUCAUCAAGGAUUCUGACUCGGCCAUCACCGACCUGCCCUCUCCUGGCUAUCUGCAAGUUGAGAAGACCUUCCAGUUUGGCAUGUACACACCCGCGGCCUACACACCCUAUCCCCAGUGGAACUGUGAUAUCUGCAACAACUAGUCAAAGUAUUCAGUGUUAUUUUUUUUUUUUUUUUUUCAACUGAUCUUAGGAGUUAUUAUUAUUGGAGGUGUUAUGGGCAGGCAAGCAUCAGAAGGAGAAAAAUGUUUAUUGAUUAUUGUUUCACUUUUCAUCAGGAUAUUUCACAGUUUGGUGAGGGCGUUGGCAGACGGAUGUCGCUGUGGUGAAGUCACCUCGCAAGAACAGGGAGAUCCCCGGUUUGGAUGCUUAUGAUUAAUCAGGUGGUCGAAAUGAGUUGAAAUCAUUUAAUGAUCUUAUCUACUAUAUACAUAUUAAUCUCGUCGGUCCUUGGUUACCGAUUGCAGCGAGUUUGUCUUCAGAUAACCCCUGUCCUGAAUCUUGAAUCUUGUAUCUGUGGUCGUCCAUUAAGGUUCUUGUAUGCGUUCAACCCUAUAGUAAGGUUAACCCGCCUAGAGAAUCAAUUACAUAUGUGCUUCGAGUCUAUUUCCACAUGUCGUGGUAGACGUUGAUGGCUUCUUUCGCCUCCCAGGAAGAACGUUGGAAUUUACGCAAACCUUAGGUGCACAUGAACUUAAACCAUACGCAACUGAAACCCUGCCCCCCUUUCUUCUUUAUCCCGCCCCUGAAAAAUGCCACUGAAGUCAGCAUCGCCCAGCGACGCAGCCUGUCCACCGCGCACAGGGGCAUGAGGCUCUGCACGCCUUCGCCGUUCCUGGUUCGCCUUACUAGGAAACGUUGGGAACAUGCUCUCUGGUUUAGGCUUUGGGUCCUGUCGGAAGUACUCGUGCUGGAGCAUCUCACUCGCCGAUGGUCUUCUUUCGGGGUCAAGUGAUAGUAGAUCACCCAGCAAGCUGGCGCCUGCGGUAGUGAGGCCAGGAAAGCGAGCGCGAAUGACAGAUCCGGUAGCAACUUGUGUCUUAGGAAGUCGCAAUGAGCGUGCAUUGGGGAGACGACGAAAUCCAGGCCAUGUCUCUUCUGUGGGAACACCACAGAGCUCGAAGGUGCGCGAGACUUGAUCGACUUCAUUCUUACCCUGAAGAAGAGGUUCCCGGGUUAUCAGCUCGCCAAAGAUACAGCCCACACUCCACAUGUCUACCGCCGCAUCGUAUGUCUUUGCGCCAAGUAGUAGCUCCGGAGCCCGGUACCAAAGAGUGACGACGAGUUGUGUGAGUUUCGGGGGAGGAUCGCCAACAUAGCGGGCCAUACCAAAGUCGGCAAUUUUCAACUGGCCACGAUUGUUAAGGAGGAGAUUAGAGGUUUUGAGGUCGCGAUGUAGAAUCCAGUUGUCAUGGAGAUAUGCGAUGCCUGAUGUAAGCUGUAAUAGGAGGCGCUUUACUUCGGAAGAGAGAAAUGGCUCGGGCAUAUCAUCAAGAAUGGAUUUUAGGUCGUGUUCGACGAAUUCGAGGACGAGGAAUAAAGAGCUGGGCUGGCUGUUAGCUGUAGUCUUCAACACCAAGUGUCGCGUGCUUACUUGUCUGGCCGUGAUACGUCGUCCCCUACAACAACCUCUUCCAUGGUGACAAUAUUCCGGUGUUGGCAAUCCUUCAAUAUUUGUAUUUCGCGCAAGCCUGUGACGGGGAGACCGUUUCGAUCUUGAGGUUCCAGCUUCAACCUCUUGAGCGCGACAACCUUUCCUGUAGCUUUGUUUGUCGCCCGCGCAACCCAGCCAUAAGUCCCCUCCUCGAUAUCGUUUAGCUUCUCAUAAUUCUCAACGCUUCUGCACUUCCCCCAGGUGCCCGCUGGAAACCGCAAUAGCUUCGCUGGAGGUGCCUUGUCUUCUUGGUUUGCGCCUGGUUCGGGGGUGAUCCUACGUCGCUUCGAGGGCCGGUCAUCGUCAAGUUGGAGCACCUUUUUCUGUGCAGCUUCUUGUGCUUUCUUCUCUUCUUCAAGCUUUCGAGCCUUUUCUGCCUUCCUACGUCGCUUUUCUUCCUUGAGUUUGGCGUCGAUACGGGCGUCUUCUUCGGUGUCGGCCCACCGAGAUUUGCCGGACAUAGCGGCCGUGAGAGACUGCGCGUAGCUUCUGUAAUUUAUAUAUAGGAAUUGAAACGCAAAACUUUGAAAGUCACGAAAUCGACGCUGUCUAAUAGUGCCUGGUUUAU